GGGAUUGGCUCCUAGUCUGCAACCACGUGCAAAGAUCAGAGCAGACAGCCAAUCAUAGAGCAGAAAGCUAAGUUGAGUUGAAUGCGGGUGGGAAGAAAUAACGCAGCGACAAUUCCCCGACUUUUUCCUGAUCGUUGAGCUUAUCACUGUCCAGCCUGAUGGAGCAUGUCCAAGGAACUUGGAAGACCCUAAGCAAUGGGUUUGGAUUCAGAGACUCCGUGUUUGAAGAUACCUGCAUGUCUCCUACUAUAACCAAAAGCUUUCCUUAUCGCAGACGCUCAUCAGAUGAUGAGAAAAUCACCAAUCCAUCCAAAGCGAACACCAUUCGCGUUUAUCUACCAAAUCAGCAGCGCACUGUGGUGAAUGUACGACCAGGCAUGACCCUGCACAGCUGCCUCAUCAAGGCCCUUAAAGUCAGAGGCCUCCAGCCUGAGUGUUGCGCUGUGUUCAGGCUCCAUCCAGAACACCCUAAAAGCAAAAAAUCUCGUAUGGAUUGGAACACUGAUUCUACCUCACUCAUUGGGGAAGAGCUGCUGGUCGAAGUCUUGGAUCACGUACCGCUAACAACACACAAUUUUGUACGAAAGACUUUUCUGAAGCUGGCCUUCUGUGACAUUUGCCAGAAGUUCCUUUUACAUGGCUUCCGAUGUCAGACGUGCGGAUACAAAUUCCACGAACACUGCAGCACCAAAGUCCCCACCAUGUGUGUUGACUGGAGCAACAUUCGACAGCUUCUUUUGUUUCCCACACCAGGAGAAAGUGGAACUUUGUCACUUCCACCUCUCUCAUCUCGGCGGAUGCGAGACUCUUUUUGCCGACUUCCUGCCAGCGCUUAUCACAGACACUCUACGCCUCACGCCUUUAACUACAUUGCACCCUUGCCACCCUCAAGCGGUUCUCUCUCCCAGAAACAGCGCUCCACAUCCACACCCAAUGUCCACAUGGUCAGCAGCAGUCUGCCUGCGGGUGGGGCUUCAUUUGAGGAUUCCUUAAAAAUUCAGGACUCGGGAAGACCUCCAAAUCUCAGCCCCACAGGAUGGUCUCAGGCCAAAACUCCAGGCCCCUUUCAUAGAGAAAAGACUUCAUCUAAUACUCAGGAAAAAAACAGAAUACGGCCCAGGGAAAAGCGAGACUCUUGCUACUACUGGGAGAUUGAUGCCAGUGAGGUGGUUCUGCACUCGUGCAUAGGAUCAGGGUCAUUUGGGACAGUUUACAAAGGGAAAUGGCACGGUGAUGUUGCUGUGAAGAUUUUAAAGGUUAUAGAUCCAACGCCAGAGCAGCUUCAGGCCUUUCGCAAUGAGGUGGCAGUUUUGAGAAAGACUCGUCACGUCAACAUCUUGCUGUUUAUGGGAUACAUGACCAAGGAUAAUCUGGCCAUCGUGACACAAUGGUGUGAAGGAAACAGCCUCUAUAAACACCUGCAUGUCCAGGACACCAAACUGCAGCUGUUCCAGCUGAUUGACAUCGCCAGACAGACUGCACAAGGCAUGGACUAUCUGCAUGCAAAGAACAUAAUCCACCGGGACAUGAAGUCAAACAAUAUCUUCCUCCAUGAAGGCUUAACAGUGAAGAUAGGAGACUUUGGCUUGGCCACAGUGAAGACCAGAUGGAGCGGCUCACAUCAAGUAGAGCAGCCUUCAGGAUCCAUUCUUUGGAUGGCUCCUGAAGUGAUCAGGAUGCAGGACAGUAAUCCCUACAGUUUCCAGUCAGACGUCUACUCCUACGGUAUUGUGCUUUAUGAGCUGAUGACCGGGGAGCUCCCAUAUUCUAUGGUUGCAAACAGAGACCAGAUCAUCUUCAUGGUAGGAAGAGGUUACUUGUCUCCAGACCUAAGCAAGUUGUACAAGAACUGCCCCAAAGCCAUGAAGAGACUCGUCGCCGACUGCAUCAAGAAGUCGAAAGACGACAGGCCGCUGUUCCCUCAAAUUCUGGCCUCAAUAGAGCUACUGCAACAUUCUUUGCCCAAAAUCAACCGCAGCGCCUCAGAGCCGUCACUUCACAGAGCCACUCACACAGACGACAGCAGCAUUUGCACUCUGACCUCCAGCAGGCUGCCUGUCUUCUAGUAUGGCUGCCUGUCUUUUUUUUUUUUUUGUUGUUGUUGUGGUUUUUUUUUUUUUCCCCUAGAAGUUUCUUCUGCUAGACCUGGAGCACCUCAGUCACAUCAGCGUAUUUAAAUAACGUCUUAGAAUUAAGCACAAGAGUUGAAAAAGCAAAGCAAAGCCUCUCGCUAUUCAACUAAUGAUGAGAUGUUGCCCCUGAAAAAAGCUUGCAUUUUUAUAGCUUUUGUGGUUUCUCAAACAUUACUCAGUCCUCAUAUUUGACGGUGUUCCCUUGACUGUGUUGGUUGAGUUAAAAAAAACAUCCCGGGACAACCCUUUUUUUUUUUUUUUUUUUUUUUUUUUUUUUUUUUUUAUUGUUACACGUAAUUUAUUCUGUCUCAUUUGGUGAGCUGAGAAAUAAAGCAUAGCAUUAAAUAUAACUGUGAUUUAGCACAUGCUCUAUCAUAAAAAUUGGGACAACCCAUGAUUGUUGUCACAGUAGCUUAAAAUGAGUUUUCAUUCAAAAUAUAUAUUUUUUUGCACAUUUGAGAAAAUUGACAUGAAUCUGAUUGACAGUUAUGUAGGUGUUUUAAAGUUAAAGAUAUUGAGAUAUUAAUAAAUAUAUUCGCUCACUCGGUUCCCACAUAGGUUUUCUUGCUUGAAAUACAUCGUUCCUACCCUUCCUGUUAUUUUAAGUUAAUUAGGAUUCAUGUCAAAUAAAAUCAAAGUAUGUUUGACUGGCCUAACAUUUUACAAGUACCUAGUUAACAAUGAUUACCUGGAAUUUGUUUUCUUUUUUUUUUUUUCUUUAACCAAAUGAAUGAGGAUAUAUUAGCACUUUACAAACAAUAUUAAUGGUCAUGAUAAAGUUAAUUCAACGUACAGAUUUUACAUGCAUACUUUUUUAGUGUUAUACAAUCUUUUUCUUCAAAUAGCCUGAAAGAAAGUGUGCAUGUAAAAAUCUAGGACUGCACAUUUACUACUCUUAAGAGUUGGCUGGUCUACAAUACUUUAAAGUUCAGAGCUAUUGGCUAAUACGCAACACUUAUCCAAUACUGACAUCCUUUCAGGAUGUCCUGAGGGUGAGAUUUAAGACCUGUUCUGUGUUCUUACAUGCUUCACCUGUGUCCUGUUCAUUGUACACAUAAUACACAUUUAUUGGCAUGAACAUCAGAUUCCAAUCCAGUGUUUUAGACCUAUAUUGGACUACUUACCCAUUCAGUAUUGAAACAGCGUGUUAGUUUUACAAAUACCUUAGCAAUCUAUUCUUACUCAAUCUAAUUAGCUAAAUUCUCCUUCAUUAAUUUCAACACAUUCUUGACAUUGAACAAAGUUUCUAGGCAAUCCUGAAAGUCAGACAGUGACAUCUUAAAUUAGUAUAAGUGCCAACUCCUCCAGUGGCUUUCAUUAUUUAAGAAGGUGUAGACUGAUGGUAUUUUUUAUUUUAUUUUUUAUUCCCUUGUUGUCUUUAAAUUUCUUUCUAGGUUUGUAUAUAAUUUUGAGAAUAAAAAUUAAAAACAUAUCGCUGAUUGAGAUUCUAAAGCAUUUGCUUCUUUGUAUUGACCUGGUAUUCUUUAGUGAGGGUCCAACUUGUGCACUUGGAAGACUGUUAAUGCCUUGUAUUUUAAUAAAAGUCAAAAGUCCAA